GUGUGUCUCUGUGUGUGUGUGUGUGUGUGUGUGUGGUGUGUAUGUUUCAGUGUGUGUCUCUCUGUUUGUGUAGGGGGUCUUAUGUUCACUGGGGCAGGCUGUAGGGCUGGGUUACACCUCUCUCUCAUUCCACCCACCCACCCAUCCCUCCAUCCAACCAUUCCUCCACACCACUUUUCCUGGGUGGAAUUCUCGGGGCUGCGCACAUCCCCCUUUGGAUUCCCUACUGUUUCUGUCCCCGGCUUGAAGGAGAGGACAGGGGAGAGAGGGAGAAAGCGAGAGCAGAGAGGAUUUAGUGCUGAGGAGAGAGAGAGGGAUCAUGUCUGGACUCUCAGCUGUGUUGAAGAGCUGGGUCAUCCUGCAGACUCUGUGCCUGGCUCUGGCCCAAGUGGUGAGUGGACUGGACAGGGGAGGUUAGGACUGUACCCACAUUAGGGUGGCUCUGGCUGGCUGGGGUAUGGUGGGAGAGGGGUCUCCUGGAGAAAGGGACUAGGGGUGGAGGUAAAAGGGGGCUGCUAGGGGAACUGCUGUGCUUGCUAUGGUUUUGUUGUCACACUGGCUAGUGGUGGUUGGAAAACAACAUUUUGGAAUUGGGUUGUUUCAGAAGAAUAAACGAUCAGAAUAGUGUUUCAGAGCUUGUGUUUCAUCAUUGUCAUCGUCAUUGUAAUGAUGAGUCUAGAGCAGGAUGAAGAUCAGCUGUGUACUGUGUGUGUUGUGGAAUGUGGCAUUGUACAUACAUAUCUUCCUACUUUGGACUAUGGCCCUUGAUUCUGUGGACGACGAUUCUUCCUGAAUACGGAUGAAGAAUGGAAACGUCUCCUUUUUUAUAUGGAUGGUUAUCCCUAAAGAACAAUUGGAGUGGAUACAAAACAUGGACCGAUUUACAAUUUUUGCCAAAAAGGAGAUUCAGGAGAGAGCCCUAGAGGGAUAGAUUCGACAGAGCGGCCCUGACACUAGAAUUCGGCUGGACACACACAAGAAUGUGGAUAUACAGAAACACAGGCUGUGUAUUCAAGACACCCAGUCGCUUUACUGCGAAGCCCACUAUUCAAACACACACACACACGGAAUGACGGCCCUGAUGACACCCUCCAACAAAUCACACGCACCUGCUAUCCAACAGAAAAUUACCAGUGGAUCUGUCUGAACAAACAGGAUCAUUGUGUGGAAUUCCCAAAAAAAAUUCUGAAAGAUUGGCAGACUUCUGGAAUACAUCUUUACACUGUAUGAGGAUUCUGUGUUGUGACUGGUUGAAAAGGAUUGAAAUCGAUUGAAAAAAGCUGCAUUCCCAAAAGAAGGGGAUGGGAUGGGGGAGGGUCUUGGUAAACAUUCCCAGCCUCAUGACAAAUACAGGAUGUGGGAUCAAUACAGGAUGUGGGAUCAAUACAGGAUGUGGGAUCAAUACAGGAUGUGGGGUCAAUACAGGAUGUGGGGUCAAUACAGGAUGUGGGAUUAUUUUCACUUCCAUAUCAGAAAAGAGAACCUCAUUCAUCAGUCCUAUUUUUUCUCAUGAGCUCCGGAUAGUUCAUUUUAUAAAUGUUUUUAAAUCGUUCCAUAUAGGCUACCAGUGGUAUUGUAUUUGAAUUGGCGUUACAUGAUUUAUGUCAAAAUGUGAGGGUUAUGGGUGAUGUUUCUAGGUGAUUCAUUUACUUUGGGAUUAUGAUGCUUUGGUCUUGUUUAUAGGAUUUUAUUCACAUUAAAUUUUAUUGAAAUAUGAUGACACUUGAUAAUGUGUGAUUGCCUCACAUUGUUGUGCCUCUAUCAAUUAGGCAUAUCCAAACAUUGAAAUUAUUUCAGUGGUUCAAAAAGCACCUGCUCCAAAACUAGCCAUGUCUCCAUUAUCAAAAGGCUUACAAUAAAAUGGCACAAAAAUCCCAAAACGUAUUCCACAUGUUCUCGACAGUAUGAAAACAACAGGUAUUCAAUUGGAUGAAUACCAAGAAGUGAAACAUUCUAAGCCCAAAUAAUUCUCUACAAAACCUCUGCACAUUUCUAAACCUUCCAUUUUGUUCUCAUUUCUUCCAGAGCGGGCCUCCAGGACCUCAAGGCAUUCCCGGCCCGCCCGGCCCCUCUGGCACCCCCGGGUCCGAUGGCAUUGAUGUGAGUAUCCCCUCCGCCUUGCCCAGCGCCAACAGGUUGUCACAAAGACGGGCAUUGUACCUAAUGGAGCGCUCUGGUAGUAAUGCGGAUGUACCACCAGCGGGCGGACGGAACGAAAACACAGCGGCACAAAAGAGCUCUGUUUCCCACAGUGAGAGAGGUCUUUGAGUCAGGAUCUUUCGCUCCAUCCUGAGAGAGGGGUUCGGGCUAAUAUCGCGGUAAUGGGAUACCUUUGAGGUAUUCUCAGUCUAAGCAAAGCCAGGUUCUGAAAACAUAUUGAGAAUACAGAAUUAUACCAUGAAUGGAGAAGGGAAGAAGUACCAACGUGUGAGCCUAGGCCCAUAUGAUUCAAAAGGAAUGUGAUGUUACAAGGUAGGCUUGUAUCCAAUGCGAUUAGUAG